CGUGUUGACACAGUGUUCAGUAGUAGUUUUUAGUGUGUUUAGAGUUAGGAAGUGCUGUAUUUGGGACGUAGCCGAGCGCGUGCAGACGUGAGAGAAUUUAAGACGCAGAACACGGAAUGUCGGCGGAAGGUGACACCUUGAGUCACGGUUUCUGUUUGUUCGCUUAUUUUCGGACUCACGUAGUUAAGUGUGAGCGUUUCACAUGAUGUAAGCGACAAGUCGAGUCCCAACAGCAUCCCUGAAGAAACAUGAAGCUCCCUGAGUUAAUGGUCUCCUCUCGGCUGUAGGAACACACAUUACAGAUGAACCUGAAUCUCAGCUAUGAGCAGGUCCGGGAUGGAGCGUCGAUUUGGGAGGCUAAGCAGACAGGGAACGUCUGAGGAGCUCCCUGAGCUGAAAGAGGUGGCCGAAGAGGUGAGAAGCCAGAUACCAGUGUUGACUGUGGAAGAUGUGGACGGAGAUGUUGAGAACAAAGAGGAGAACGAUGGGAAGAGGAAGACUAAGGAGGAGGAGGCAGCAGAAAGGGAAAGGAAAGCUCAGAGGCAGAGCAUGACCAUACAAGAGCUGGUGGAUACAGAGAGGAACUACUUGAAGAGCCUACAGAUUUGCACAGUUACUAUCCGCACCAACCUAGAGAAGCUACAGCCCCCACUGGGUAAUCUGGAUGGAAUGUUCCAGCACAUUGACAAAGUCAUGGACGUGUCUGUUCGACUCCUGAGCCUCCUGGACAAGGCACAGCUGAAGCCCAGUGAUCCUCAGUUCCUUGAAACUCUCUGUACUUCUUUCCUACAAAUGACAGAAGAUAUAGAGAUGGCAUACAAGGAAUAUCUGGCAAACUAUAAUAACAUCACAGCUAUAGAGGCUGGCUACAAGCAGAAGGAAGUCCAGUGGAUGGAAAUGGUGAAAGUCAUCAAGUCCUCUGCGCCAGAUGUGAAUGCCUCCACUCUCAGUUUCUUUUUGGUGAUGCCUGUACAGAGAAUUGCCCGUUACCCCCUGCUGCUGCAAACAAUACAGAAACACACUGACCCCCAGCAUCCUGCCUACUCCCUGCUGGAGGACACGGCCCACGCCACAGUCCAGCUCAACUGCAGGAUUAACGAGUACAAGCGCUUCCGUGAAGUGGCUGAUAAGUACAAGAAGACAGAAAACUUGACCAUCAAAGACAAGAUCAACCGGCUGAGUGGUCACAGCAUUGCUAAGAAGACAGCCAGACUGAGCCAGUACAUUAAACAUGAAACUGGUAUUGUACCAAAGGUUAAAGAUGAAGAGUUUGAUGCCCUUGUAGGAUUUUUCUUUAUUUUAGAGAAGUGUGUUACAGAUCUGCAUGCCAAUAUGGCAACCUAUCUCAGCCACCUGCAGAGGUUCCUCAGCUGUAGGCCAGAGGAGGCUGACUUGGACCUGGAGGGUGAGAAGGCUGCCCUCUUCUCAAAGGAAAUUACUGUUGCUCUGAGACAGUGGAUAUUCCCAGUUUAUGAGGUUCGCCUGAAGACUUUGGUAUUCAAACCGUUGACUUCUCUGCAUGAGCUUAUGGCCGGGCCACGUAAUUUGAUCCGCAAGAGAAGGGACAAGCUACUAGACUUUGAAGCGAUUGAGGAGAAGAGUAGCCUGAGCUAUGAUGAACAGGCCAUUGCCAACACCUACAAGACUAUUAACACACUGUUGCUUAAUGAGCUGCCUCAAUUCAAUGCUAAAUCCCUGCAGCUGCUGUGGGCCACUCUGGGUGCCUUCAGCUGCCUACAAAAGGACCUGGCUGUGGACAUGGAACAGCUCGCCACCAGCUUUACUCAUCAGCUCCCACACACUUAUAUGGACAACAGUGCAUUCUGGGAGUGGGCAGAGAGCUCAGUGCUGGAGGGUGCCAGGAAGCUGGAGAAGCUGUGUCAGAGCGUCCAGGAUGAGCUCAAUGCUCCCAUUGUGCAGCCUGUUGUUACAGUGUCUGAAAAGAGCCUGAAAGGAUUGAUGGAAAAAUAUGGAACAGGAAAGCUCUACCAGCUGACUGGGCCUGUGGUGGCCACGCGUGACCUUGAUCUUAACCUGAACAAAGGCGAACUGGUGGCUGUGAUCAGUGAAAUGGACACGCGAGGGGACCGCCGCCGCUGGCUGGUAGACGCAGGAGGUCCCAGGGGCUAUGUUCCAGCAUCCAAGCUGACUCACUACAACCAUGUUUCUCUGGCACAACCUCCUCCUUCCCCACUCCUCAGCGCCACAUCCAAUGGACCUGGAGCAAGGAGACACUCGUACACACCAGGAAUACAGCCCAUUAUCACCACAACUGCACCCUGCUUCCAGGUGUUUGCAGGGUACGACUUCACAGCACGGAGCAGUCACGAACUGUCUCUGAGGUCUGGAGAACCAGUGCGUGUAGUGGAGCCUCACGAUAAACGCGGCAAUGCCGAGUGGAGUCUGGUGGAGGCGCGAGGUCAAAGAGGCUACGUCCCUACUAACUACCUUGCCGUUCUGCCUUCAGUCGUGGCGUCGCCCACCCUGCCUUACCACUAGUAUCUACUACCACAGCAUGUCUCUAUGUGCACUCCAAACACUCCCAAACACACAGCUGAAGUGUUCUCCAUGUGAGUGUGGGUAGGUGAUGAUUUCACUGUCCAGUCUGUGAGCUGGAGUGGUGCUCAGGCCUCAUCCAGAGUCUCGUCUGCAGAUCAGCUCUGUUUUAAGCCGCUGCACAGAGAGCCGUUUGUCACAGCCGCAAUACCAGGUGGAGAUGAGCUGUGCAGCACUGAUCGAGUGUGUGCUGUGUGGGUUUAACUGACGCUUAUUAUUUGUCUGUGCGAAUGGCUCUCUGUUAGAGUACGAUUGAAGGCAUGGAGUAAUCGAGUGAUAGGAUAAAGGGGUGAUGGACAUGUUCUAUGCCUCAAGCCAUGCGCUGCAUUAUCUGUCUCUGAAUCUCAGAGGAACUUAAAAACCUUGAGCUUUGCUGUGAAACGUGGAUCUGAAGGUGUGAGUCAGCUCUGAUAAACCUGGCUACCAUGCAGAAGGGGGCCUAUUUGCUAAAUCUGGAUGAGCUUGAGCUUUUAAUUUUAUUUUUGUAUUUAAAAACUGUGAGACUAAGUGAGGCAAUACUGAAUUUUAUUUUUUAACUGAAUGUUAAAUAAUUCCUGAGUGAAAUGUAUAGAAGGAAUGUUUUUAGAAUUAUGAGACACUGCAUUAUGUAGAUAUGGUAGUGUAUACUGUUUAGAACAUUGUAAAUAUUUCUUUCAUCAUGUAAAUAUGAAUCGCAAAACCUUACUCAGUUUUAACACUGGAUUAACAUUGCAUUCUAGUUGGCAUUUUUUUUGCACAAUGCGUUGCACUGAUUUAACUACUGAACUUCUAAGAAAAACUUUUAAAAAACUAAACUUAUGAACUUCAGCAACUGAAGUUACUGUUGCACUAAUGCAGAGAAAACCACCUGGCUUGCUGCAGUGUCGGCACACCUGCAGUUACUGUAGAGCUCCACUAGGGGCAGCAACGCUCCAUUCUCUCACAUUCAAUUUUCACUGGAAUAAGCUUUAUUCUGAUUUACUCAUUGUAUGUUCUCAGAAGUAAUUAUGGACCCUCUCUGCUGUACAGUGUUGCAUGGAAUUGCUUUGCGGACAUACUCCAAAAAUCACUGUGGCUUCUUUUUAAGCUUAAACCAAGAACAUGUAAAUCUUUACUCUGAUACUAGAAUCAUUUUAAUUUAUUUUUAUUUAAUGUACCACUCAAAACCUUGCACAUUUUAAGAAAAAGAACAUCAGUCGAUUGCUUAUUACUGGUUACUUAUUAAAUGGUACAGUUGCACAGAA